CUUUUAAAAGUGAGCUCCUCUGGAGCCGGGUUGCACUGAAGUCCUCCAUCGAGCGUAAGGAAGAGUUCUUUUGGGUGGCGGGAACAUGGACAAAAUCUGUUCAGUCCAGCUCUGCCUUGGGCUCCUAAUUGUUUUCUCCAUAAUGCUGUUGAUACCGUCUGCACAUGGAAAACCUCUUGCACUACAAGAAAACCCCGGGUUUCCGGAGAGAGGAGACACCAAUCACCAAGACGCGCUGCUGACUCUGCUGCUUAACAAAAACCUCGGCUGGAGGCAACCCGCGGAUAGCAACUUGGAGCUGGCAAAGAAAUUUGAAGAACUUGAACAGCUGGAGAAGUUAAAGGAGCAGCUUUUGGCUGGGGAAGGCUCUGAAGAGGCCUAUGCCGAGCCUGCUUUUGGAAGUACUGCGUGUGAAGCCCAGCUGGGACUGGAAGAGAGAGAGAAGGACGGCCCCGAAUCGCCUCGCUGUGGUGUCCCCGUGUUAACGUCCUCCUAG